AUGAGUAAUUCAGGAGAUAAAAAUGAAUAUGAAGAAAUACUUAGAGAAAGAAAAAGGAUGUCAAGAAAUGAAGAGACAUUAGUAUAUAAUGGAUUGCUUUAUCUUCUAGUUAAAAUGGGAUUUGAUGCACAAGUAAAAAAAACAAAAAAGACUAUUCAUACAAUUAAAAUGUUAAUUGUUGAAGAAAUAAAAUAUAGACCAACUGGAAAAGUAUUAAAUCAAGCAGAAAUUGCAUAUUUUUCACAAUUUUUAUUAUCAGAUUUAGGUUAUAUUCCAUUAAAAGAAAAUUCUAUGACUUUAAAACAAUUAAAAAGGUCAAGAGAAGCUCAAUUAAAUAAUGCACUUUUAUACAUUCUUUCUUCUAUUGGAUUUACUUUCGAUGAAAAGAAAGUAAAAGUCUAA